AUGUGGGACAAAAUCAUAUAUAUGAUAGUGAUUCUCAUAGUUACGUACAUUUUAAAACAAUUGUUUUCUGAAACACCGAAUUUUGUGAAAUUUAAAUCGAAAUUCCUUCUGUUUUAUAUCUGGACUUCUGUAACAGCAGUGAUAUUGUUGCCAUUUUUUGUGUUUAAUCCGAAAAAUGUGAAAAAUUCGCUAUUUGGAUCACAAAUAGUGAAACAUGUAACCAAAGUUAUAGAGGUGAAAUGGCUGUUAAGAAAUGGGAAAGUAUUAGCUGAGGACCGUGGAGCUGUUGUUGUGUCUAAUCAUCAAUCUUCUAUUGACAUUCUGGGAAUGUUCAAUAUCUGGCAUGUAGCAGACAAAGUGGCUGCUAUAGCGAGAAAAGAAAUAUUUUACGUGUGGCCAUUCGGACUGGCCGCAUAUUUAGCUGGAGUGGUGUUCAUUGACAGGAAUAACUCCAAAGAUGCUUACAAGCAAUUGAAGAUUACUUCUGAAGUCAUGAUUAAAAAUAAGACAAAGAUUUGGUUGUUCCCCGAGGGAACAAGAAACAAAGACUUCACAAAGCUGCUGCCGUUCAAAAAGGGCGCCUUCAACAUAGCGGUUGCUGCACAAGUGCCAAUCAUACCUGUUGUGUUCUCGCCCUACUAUUUCAUUAAUAGAAAGAAAUAUAUAUUUAAUAAAGGCCAUGCGAUUAUCCAGUGUUUGGAUCCAGUCCCGACUGAAGGACUAACUAUGGAGGACGUGCCGGCGUUAAUAAACAAAGUACGCAACUCCAUGGACGCGGCGUACAAAGAACUCUCCAAGGAGGUGCUGAGCACUCUGCCACCAAACUACCCACUCGCGACCGAUUGA